GAAAACUCAAGUUAUUUAAAUACAAAUCAAUUCAUAUUUAAUUCAAAUUCAUAUAUAUUUUUCCAGAUAAUUAUACCUUCGAUAGACCAGUUAAUUUUUAAGACAGUAUUAAAACUUGAUAAAAUGUUGAUCAAAGUUAAGACAUUAACGGGAAAAGAAAUUGAAUUAGAUAUUGAUCCUUCAGAUAAAGUAAUCCGUAUUAAAGAAAGAAUGGAGGAAAAAGAAGGCAUUCCACCUAUACAACAACGGCUUAUUUUUGGUGGAAAACAGAUGUCAGAUGAGCGAACAGCAUCUGAAUAUAAUUUAGAAGGAGGCAGUGUGCUACAUCUUGUACUUGCUUUAAGAGGUGGUUACAAUUGA